AUGCAUGGUGGUAAUACUUCUUUGAGUUCUGUAGCCAGUCGAACCAGAGGCCAGUUGGUUAACUUUUAUAGAAAUUGGCACAAUGAGACGAAGAAGAAAAGGGCUCAAGAAAGUUUUAGUAAUGGUGGUAGAGAUGAAGGGGUCACCAUUAGUGAGAAUACUGGUGAUGUGGGUGAUAAUGAGGAGUCAUACUCUGUGAAUCCCAAGAAUGAUGAGAUUUCUGGGACGGGAGAGAAGGCUUAUGAAGGUUCCAGUUCGGAAAUUUUGGGAAAUGGGGCUAAAAGAAAGGGAAAGAGAAAUUUGGAUAAAAGAGGUAAGAAUGAUGGUGUUGAUGAUAAGCCUAUUGUUAGCGAAAAUGUUGUCUCAAAUGUCUCUUGUUCGAUAUCCAAAUCCGAGUCGAUUCCAAAUGAAGGGAGUGUUGCUCGUAAGAAACGCGGGUUCCACAAUGUUGAUGAAGUUUUGUUAGGGGUCGAUAAUGGGAGAAAUAGUGGAGUACGAGGUAGAGGAAGACCCCGAGUUGAACCUUUGAACAAGGGCAAGAAUGUGUCUCCGGAUGAUUCAGUUGCUUUACGGAAAUCAGUGGUUUUUGACGAUUCAGAUGAUUCAGAGAAGUCGAUGAAUUUGGAAGGAUCAUAUGUAAAGGAUAAUUCUAAUGAUUCGGGGAUGUUAGAAUCAAAAUACAGCAGUGUAAAUGAUGAUGAUACUUGCGAUGAGGACAGUGAUGAGGAAUAUAAGGUUGUUUAUUCAUCGAGCUCUAGUGAUGACUCUCCUAGCACUGUGAAAUCGAGCAAGGAGGAGAAUGAUGAGUUCAUCUUGGGUAGUUUAAAGAAGAGAAAAUUUUCUGGCUUAAAAAAUUUGGUCACUUGCAAGAAUAAGUUUGAUAAAGAGCAAAAUUGUAUUGCAAAACGUCCACGGCCUCGUUGGAUUUCUAAGUCUUCAAAGGAAAAGCUUAAACUUAGAACGUUUAGUCGGCCACUUCUUAUCUCUGAGGGUGAGGAAUCAAACUCUUCACUGGAUGUGGAGUCUAAGUUAUCAACAAAGAAGGAGAGCUGUAGUACUAAAUGUUUGCAAAGAACUGGUCAGAAAGGUACAAGAAAGGUGGGGAAAUUUGGUAAGAAAAACACUAGUGCAGCAAAAAAUGCUGAAUCGAUUAAGACAUUGGUUGAUUUCAUAGAGAAAGAAGCAGAUGUAGCCAUAGAAAGUUUAGCUACUGUUGAUUAUAAUCUGAAAUCCUUGCCAUUGAAGUUCAGAUUCGAGGAUGAAGAACCAUUUCCUCAGGUGAAAUCAGAAUGGGAGAAAGAAAUUGAUUCUCUUUUCUGUGAUUUGAAUAUGGGACUCAGGGAAAGUGAGCCUGUCUGCAUGAAUCCUUCAACGAUUGGAGAUGGUGAUAAUGACGACAUCAUCCCCCAAGAUAUUGACAGCACUCUGGCAUCCUGUUGUAGUCGAGGGGAGCACUAUCCUCUUCUCGAUGAACAGAUAGGAAUUAAAUGCAAAUAUUGUUCCAUUGUGCUUCUGGAAAUUGAAGAUGUCUUGCCACCUUUUUAUACGGCACCUUCUGGGAGACCUGGGAGACAGGAAAGAAAAGACUUGGGUGAAUCACAUAGCUGUAUCUUCGAUCGGUUUCAGUUUCAUGACUCGUCUUGUGGAAAUCCCAGUUCUUCGUCCAGUCAUGACGGAGACACAGUGUGGGAAUUGAUUCGUGACACUAAAAGCAAAUUGUAUCCUCAUCAACGGGAAGGGUUUGAAUUUAUGUGGAAAUCCAUAGCUGGAGACAUCUUCAUCAAGAAAUUGAGAAAGCCGCUUUCUGGUGAUGGUAAAGGAUGCAUUAUUUCACAUGCUCCUGGUACGGGUAAAUCCCUACUCACCAUAGUGUUCCUCCAAGCAUUCAUGAAACUCUAUCCAACAUGCCGACCAGUAAUUAUAGCUCCCCGUGGCAUGCUCCUCACCUGGCAAGAUGAAUUCAAAAAAUGGGGUGUUAAGAUACCUUUUCACAAUUUGAAUACGAUGGAGUUAUCUCCGGAGGAAAAUGCUUUUUCUGCUAAAAUUGUUAGCAAAGUGGGCUAUAAUGGGAGGAGCUGGGACUACUUUCGUUUAAUUAAGUUGUACUCUUGGGUGAAGGGUAGAAGUGUUCUAGGAGUCAGCUACACACUGUUUGAGAAGCUUGCUGGAGAGCAUCGGGGAGAAGGACAACAUGAUCAGAUCAGGAAUAUACUGCUUAAAUCUCCUGGCAUUUUAGUGCUUGAUGAAGGACACACCCCUCGCAAUGACCAAAGUCUUAUGUGGAAGGCUUUAACAAAUGUUGCCACAAACCGGCGCAUAAUAUUAUCUGGUACUCCUUUCCAGAAUAAUUUUGAAGAGCUUUACAAUACACUGUACCUAGUUAAUCCAAAGUUUGCCGAUCAGAUCACUGGAAUUUAUCAAAGUUGCAGAAGGGGUAGGCCAAACAAAAAUGUUGCUCGGGGAAAAUGGACAAGUUUGACGAAGUCUAUCCGUAAAACUACGGACGGUGGAUUAAUGAAGCUUAGAAAAAUGAUUGACCCACUUGUGCACGUACAUAAAGGAACUAUUCUUCAAGAAAGUCUUCCUGGAAUGAGGGAUUCUCUGGUUUUCUUGCGGCCAACUGAACUGCAAAAAUCUUUACUGGAAAUCGCUUCAGAAGAACGGGUCUUUCUUCAUAUGGUUCGUGUGGUGUCCUUGAUCUCUGUCCACCCUUCGUUGGUGGCUGAAGAAAGAAUGUUCUCUGCUCAUAAGAGGAAGCUAAAGGAGAUUGAAUCAAAAAUUGAUGCAGGAGUAAAAAUGAAGUUUGUUACUAAACUAAUCUGGCUAGCUGAUGCUCUUGGUGAGAGGGUGUUGGUCUUCAGUCAGUUUAUUGAUAAUUUAGUCUUUAUCAAGCAUCAGCUUCAGUCUCAUUUUUCUUGGAAGGAAGGAAGAGAAGUGCUGUACAUGGACGGGAAACUUGACCAGAAUCAGCGUCAAUCUUCUAUCAAUGCUUUCAAUAAUGAUUCGAGUGAAGCUAAGGUGCUUCUUGCAUCACAAAAAGCUUGUUCUGAAGGUAUAAACUUGGUUGGGGCUUCAAGAGUUGUAUUGCUCGAUAGUGUCUGGAACCCUGCGGUUGAAAGGCAGGCCAUAAGCCGGGCAUACAGGCUUGGUCAGAAAAAGGCUGUUUACGUAUAUCACCUCAUCACAUCUGAGACCAUGGAGCUCAAAAAAUAUGCAUCACAGGCUCAGAAGGAUCGGAUAUCACAACUGAUUUUUUCUCCUACGUAUGGACUGACUUGCCAUAGCGAGACAUCAAAGAUUGUCACUGAAGAUAAACUCUUUGACGCACUAAUUCAUGAUAAAUGUUUCAGUCACAUUUUUGAAAAGAUAAUUCACCAGCCAAAAGCAUCUGAUCUGAUUGAUACUUUUGGUUUCGCGGAUCUUGAGUAG